GGGCGGAACUCCCGGUUGCCAGGCAACCAAGUCAACAAGUCCCGGAGAGUCGGGGCUCAGUUGGAGGCCCAGACCCUGGAAGGCGAAAAGGCGGGCCACGCCGGGCAUGCAGUCGCCAGCAGUGAAGGAGGCUGGGCGCAGGAGCCCGCGGGAGCGAUCCAGAAAGGGGUCCCUUGAGGAACGCGCCAAGAGGGCGCCCGCGGCGCAGCCCCCCAAGCCAGGUUGGGCUCUAACGCUGGAGGGGAUGGCGGCCAGGAGCCCCGCGCAGCGUCACCGCCACCUGCUUGAGGACGUGGGCGCGGCCGCCUCCGUCUUCCCGCGCGAGUCCGUGAAGCUGGGGUGCCGUAUGCCCGACCCGCGCGCGUGGACGACGCAGUCGCUGGAGCUGCCGGGAGUGCGCCAGGACCAGCGGCUCCUCGGCGUCCUCAAGGCAGCCGAGGCUCGGGGACGAAUCCGUGCCUUGCGGCUGCGCUACAUCCGCAUGCGGGCCGAGGAGAUUUCGCUGCUCAUCUUGCAGCAGAAGUCCGCGCGCGCCGCCAUGCGGCUGGAGCUGUUCCUACCGCCUCGGCUGAAGCCCACGCGGAUCCCGGACCCCCUGGACCGUCAAGAGAGGAGGCGCGUGGAGACCAUCCUGGAGGAGAAAAUUGAUGGCAGCAUCUUCCCACGUUGACUGCGCAGACCCACAGUGUGCGACUGAGCCCCACCUUCCACAUAAAGUUCUCAUUGUCCAAGCUC